AAAACUCUUAGAGAAACAGAGCUUUUAUUCAUCAGUGUAGGAUCAUCUUAUUUACUGUGGCUGAAGGGUUUAAUUCUUCUGUCUUACAUGAUACAAGGAAAAUUAGAUCAUGCAAAGCACUGGAGUGAUUCAUUCAUUGGCCAUAUUUUGAUUUUUAUGCAUGUUGGCCCAUUGACAUUUCUAACACAAUACAUUAAAACAACAGGGAGCAAGAACAUUUUUUUCCUCAGCUAUUUGCUCUGUGUUUCCUGUCCAGCAGUCACUGAGGAAGGAGGGAUGGCUGUAGUGAAGUUGUAGUGCCACAGCUGAACCAAGAAUUUAUUCUGUUGAUACCAAGAGGUAGAGCAGCAAGUACAGUAUGGGUUUCUGCUGUGUUGCUGAAUAAACUCAAGAAAGUGGUUUGCAGUGAGGAAUACAUAUUCUCCUGAAACUUAUUUCCCCUCACAGCAUGUGCCUCCGCUUUCAGCAAGAGUGAGUUAUGCUGUAUUAGCAGAAAGGGGAAAAAUGAGCCAGAUUUUUAAAGGUGCUUAGGCAGCUGAAGAGGUAGGUAGAUGACUAAUAGGAUUUAGGAUCCAAGCUUGGGAAACCUUUAAGUCUUAUAUAAAAUUCUUACAGAAAACCUGUAGCUCCUCUAGUCUGCCUGAGCAGUGAUAACCUACUAUCAUUCCAUUAUUUUAAUUAGUUAAUUCUUGUUCUGGAAAGACUCAUUUGACAGGGUUUUCUGAUCAUUUGCAAGGUAUUUCUGGUUUCCACACAAAUUGUUCUAUGUUCUAGAAACAAAAAAAUAUUGCUAUGAGAAUGUGGUCCUUUCCUGGAGAUAGCAUGUUUUUGGUUUUUAUUUUUUUCCUGCAGGUGUUGCUUUACCAGUGACAUACAUCUCCUUAAAGGUAAGUUAUGCUUUAUGCCACAAAUUAAUGAGCUGCCUAGUAGGUGGACAGUCAGUGCAGAUAAUAUUCCAAGUAAUCUAGCACCUUAUGGGAACUGAAAUCCAAGGUGUGAUCCUUUUGUCAGUGUCACAGAUUGGCAAUUUCGAUCACUUUUUCCCAUGGCCUAUUCCAUCACCGCUACAGCCCAGCACGUGGGGCUGCCCCGGCGCUGGGAAGGGCGGAGAAGCUGGGGGAAGGUCUGGAGCACCCGUUUUAUUUACGAGGAGCAGCUGAGGGAACUGGGGUUGUUUAGCCCGAGAAGGCUUGGAGUGAGGGUUGGGGCAGCUUAAGGGAGGGUUUAGGAAGGUGGAGGCCGGUCUCUCUCUCAAGCAGCUGCCGACAGGAUGUACCUCUAGCUGGGCCAAGGGAGAUUUAGGUUGGGCAUAGGAAGAAUUUCUUCAUAGAAAAAGGGAUUAAACAUAAGAACGGGCUGCCCAGGGAGGUGGUAGGGUCAUCGUCCGGAGAGGUGUUAAAAACAAACUGAACGAGGAAACACUGAACCACUUCAUGCCAUGGUCUAGCUGGCGUGGUGGUGUUCGGUCCUAGGUUGCACUGGAUGGUCUAAGAGGUCUUUUCCAACCGAGCUGAUCCUGCGAGGCACGGUAGUCGCUGUGUGCCGCUUUGAGCUCAUGUUCCAGGAAGGAUGUCGCAGCGGGGCCCGGGGCAGCCGCCGGACAAGGAUGACCGUGACCGGGCACGCAGCCCUCGGGCCGCGCCAGCUCCCGCUGCCACCGCCCGGAGCCUGGCUGCGCCCUGGGCCCUGCCGCAGGAGGCGGCGGGAGCUCCGCGCUGCCGCCGCCCCCGGCCCGGCCGCGCUUCCGCCCGCGUCAGCUGACUCUGCCAGGCAGCGGCCCGGCCCGGCACCGAGCCCGCGGAGCCUCCGGCGCGGCCACCCGCAGCAUGGCAGGGGCCGUGGUGAGCGGAGCGCAGGGCCAAACUGGAAGAUCCUUUGGAUGGCUUCUGGUCCUUCAAACCAAUUUCUUCUGGAGCAUGCCAGAAUGGUGUCCUACAUUAGUCAGGACUGUGAAGAAAUUCCAGAAUUCCUAGGAAGAAAAUAUGGACACAUGGCAAAAAGGCUAGAUCUUAGCUUCAACUUGCUAAGAAUUUCUGGAAGUGUCUUGGAUGUUCUCAAAUCAUUCCUGUGCUGCCCGACUGCUACCUUGGAUGACCCAGUGAUGGACAGUUGUGUUGGCUUCCACUUUAUUUCCACAAAUUCUUCAGUUCUGUGUGACUGCAAAAAUCUUUCCUCUAUUUCCAGGAGGGUGCUACUGGGUUACGUGAAGACAAAUAUCUUUGGAACAAAAAGACUUUUCUGUCAAAGCUGGAAGAUGGUUUUGGCUCUUCAUUUUUAUUAUUAUUGUUUUUGAAUUUUUUUCUUCCUGCCCUCCUUCAGAGAAGUCCAAGAAUACUGCUGGCACUGACAAAAGAUGAAAAUAUGAUUUAUGCUGACAUCAUGUAUUUACACAAGCAAAUCUGUUCUGUGAAAGACAGUUUUCUAUGGUGUGGAAAUAAAGAAUCAGUGAAUAGUUCUUGGAGGAGUAUUGGUUCAGGCUUUUCUUGUUUCUGUCACCACUGCCCCACCCCUACUUUUCCUUUUCUACUUUGUCUGUCUUUAGGGAUCUUAAUGUUAAACGAAUUUUCUUCAGUCCUUAAGCAUGGCUGCUUCAUGUGGGUUGAUGAAAUGCAAGAAUAAUCUCUGCUGUGAGACUAGAGGCCAUACCCAGCUAUAGCAGUGUUGAUAGUGAUUUUCUGACUCCCACAACAUUUCAUUACAAAUUCCAUUUAGAGGUAGUAAGUUUCCUUUGCUGACAAACUGUAGCAGCAGCAUCUACUAAGUUGGAUUGGGUCUACUUAAAAGUUGUUUUCAAACAGUAUUCCAUUUCUGGACAUCUGACUUAGUUUAAUUGAACUUUGCCUAUCAAGUAUUGUGGAUAUGACUAGUCAUAGUAUUUGUUGAGAUGAUGUUAUCUGCAGCAGCAGAGAAGAAAGCAGGUGAAUAAAAUACAGACAAUAUUCCAACACUGAAUUGGUUAAAAAGAAACCCAGCUGGAUUAGGUAGGUAGAUUACACUAGUUUUACAGAUAAUUCUAGGCAGUAAGGCUGAAAAGGUGGUGAGGUUAAUUGUGUGAGUGGUUGGAAAGAUGUGAUGACUUAGUGUAAGUUUUAGACUGUCACUUUAGCCAGAUUCUCAAUCCAAAAACCAGUAUCUUGGCUGAGACACUGAGGGAGCUGGGACACCGACCAUCUGUUGGCUGUGGGGAUACAAAUUAUUCCAGAGAGAGGGAUGUAAACUUUGUAAAACCUUUUCAUUUGAAGUUAGGUGAAAUAUGGACUUUUACAGCAGUUUAAUUAAGUUCUUUCAAUUUGUUGGAAUUCUUAACUCCAAGGAAAUACAAAACACACAGAACCAAUUGGGGUGAUGUCUAAAUUGGCACUUAAUAAAUGCUGCUUGAUCCUUCUGUAGUGGAUAAUAGUUAGCCAACUUGACUCUGCCUAGUGUCUGAGGACCCAGUGCAUCCUUUUUUACUAAAAGAAAAGUAGCAUAAAAUUAGCUGCUUAUACAACUCAUCUGUGCUAAAAACCCUCAAACCAAUGGUACAAAGCUUACUGAGAUGACUGUUCCAAAUGACCAAUCCUUUGUUUUUUGAAUAUUGUUUCCCUGUUGUGUAGGUUGGACCUUUGAUAUAAAGUAAGUAUUUGAACAGUUUUUUCUCUUAUAUGCUAUGUGUGCAUUUUUCUUUCCAGCUAAUGCUGUUGUGUGGGGGAGGAGCAAGGUUUGCAGUGGCACACAGCCUUUUCAGAAAAUAGUUUGAAACUUGGUAGUUCUGUCUUGUGUCAGGCAAGAUGCUUCUCAUGAGUUUGUAUGAAGAUUUUUGCCACUGCAAAAACAUAAGAAGGAAGGUGCAGCUGCCCCACAAAAGCAAAAUCUGGGGUCUCACUGGUAAAUGGAGGUGUUACCCCUGAGGAAGGCAGGGGCUUCUGGCUCAUGGUGAAUUCUGAGCUUAUUCAGUGCAAUGCAUUGGAUCUCUUGCCCUACCUUUGCCAUGAGUCAGUGCUUUGCAGAGAGCUGAGUUAAUGUAUCUUAUUUCUGUGCAAAGCAAGUCCUGCCAUGUGGUUUGGAAUCCUGUCGCUCAUUUCCCCUCACUUUGAGCAGUGGUAUGCUACAUCGUUGUAAUUCCUGAAACGUUGUGAUUGAUUUUUAUUUAAAAUGUGUUAGGCCUCAACCUUUCCCCAGUUUCCUUUUAACCUUGUCAGAUUUCUCUCCUGUGUUCCUCCUUUUUCUAUUUUGAAACCAUUAAACUCUUGUAAUAUAAAUUGAUUUACACCUCAGCUUUGGUAAGUAUUUUUGAGAAACAUGGAGAAACUAAUGCAUGCAGAAAAUGUUGAGUUUUUUGGAGUGGUGAAAGGAGACCCUAAAUGUUCUGGGCAGAGCUUUGGAGAUGGAGUCCUUUAACAAUUUCAGUCAUCUUGUAAGUUAAUCAACAUAAUCUAUAUAAAGACUACACCAAAGUUGGUAAGGGUUGUUUCAUUAUCUAUAGAAAAUGUAGCAUAGCAGUACUAAUUGUCUAUAUAGUAUAUAUCUCUGUAUACUAUGAUGUAGACUGUCAUGGCCUCUGAAAAGAUGGCUGUUUUUUUCUCCAGUUAAGUGACAGUCAUAUAGCAUGCACUUAACCAUGUUCUUAAUUGUUUUAUAAUACAGGAGUGGAGUUAAUGUCCUCAUGUGCUUUGCUGAGUCAAGAUCUUGGUGGGUUCCUGUACUCAUGUUUCAUGCUGUUAACUCUCUACCAAUGUUCUUUCUGUUAAUAGUGAUGAAGUCACAAAGCAAUUAUACUCCCACAAGCUGUCCUUUAAUAACCUUUGUCAUUUGUCAAAGUGCAUUAGGGCCUUGCAUAUUUUUACAGAGAAGCUACUGGUCUUCAUGAAUUAAUGGAGUGUUCUGAUGUGCCAGCUCAUCUUCCUUGCCAAAUUGCUGCUGGUUCAGAGGGGAGCUCACAUCAGUUUAAAGAAAUAUCUUCUACCUUUCUCUUAGACCAAAAAAUUUUCAAACAGGGUUAAAAUCUUAGAUAGCAACAAUCAACAAACAUUGCUCAUCUGAACCAGCUCAGCCUUCUAGUCUGGCAAAGCUUACAUUUUAAGCUUUUAAAUUAUCUUUGGAUGUGAAUGUAACUUGUAUUAAACUAGAAAAGGUAUAAUGAUUUUCAUAUGCUAAACUGUCACAGUCUUUUCAUAAGCAUAUAUUUAUGAUGCUACACCUCUGUGGGUAUUUUGGGACUUACGAUUCUGCUGUUUGUAGUACAAAGGUGUAACUCAGUGUGAUCUUGUCUUCCCCACUUAUUUUGUUUCUUAAGUAAGUGUUAUAACUGCAAGCAGUCAGGAUGUAUUCCUCGUUGUGAUUUGCCAGCAUGAAGUAGAUAUUUGGGGGUGGCAUGUUCUUGAGUUACCUGCUGUAGGGGAACUCCGUGAGAGGGAAAGAGAGCAACUCCCUGAAAAACCAUUUGAUAUUUUGUGAACAGUCUAGUGUUAAAGAAUAAAAGGUAUGAUAAUUCUAUUGCAGUUGUGGUAAUUUAAGCAUAUAAAUUUCCCUUCAGUCCUGAAAACCUCUUCAUCAGAUAGAGAACUCUGAUGCUUAGAGUGCACAUUCCAUCUCUACUUCAGGGAUUGCUUUCUCCUAGGUAAAAAAUGUUGAAACCUGGUGGAUCACUGUUACUUUGUAGAUGUGUAUGCACCCAAUAUUCAGUUCUUGGGUACACCUGGAGACAGAUAAAGUAUGUAGAAUCCAGUCAAACAUGCUUUGCUGACCUCUGACUGGAGCUGGGAUUUGUCAAUAUGUACAGUUUGUAAUAAAAGUAGGCUGUGACCUUCUGAAAUAUGCAAAUAUAUUUUGCAAUUGUUACUAUUUAGAAAGUAAAGCUUUAACUCUGUGUUCCACAUUUCUAGCUGUUCUGACAGAGUUAAGCUAGAGACUCUGUAUCUUCAUAAUGAACAAGAAAAGCGUUUAAAUUAGUGUUUAAGUAGCCAUUACAAGAAGUUGACUGAUGAAAAUUUUUUGCAUUGUAGUCUCUGAUCUCUUCUUUGAAGUAAACAUUUCUUUUGAAAAAAAUUUUGUGAAAUUAUAUUUAAUUGCUUAUCUUACCUGUGCUACUUUAUUUUUGUAACAAACUGGGUAAACUCUCCAUUGGAGAGGUUUUAUUGUAAUGCUGAUGCGGUUUCUGUUACCUUUGUUCUCCCCCUGUUGCUUGUGUGCAUACACACAUGCAGUGUUAUGCACAUAGAGUUUUCUGCUUCACAUAGGUAUUCUGAUUUAAUUCUGUCUCCUUGUGGAACUGCUAGUCUCAAUAUUGUGUGUGGCUUUUACUUUUAUUUUACAAAUACCCAUCUGGCAACUGAAGACAAGUAUUUUGUUGAUGGAUUAGAAAGGUUCAAGGUUCUUGAAGUUUGCACAUCCUGUGAAAAAGACAGGUCAAUUUUUUCUCUCUGGGCGUCUGUCUCUCAUAAGCUCAUAAAUUGCUCUUGAAGCUAGAUAGAAAAAAUACUGAAGGCAACAUCAUAUUUAAGAGUUUAAAUGUGCUGAUUGGAGUGUCUCAGAGUCUAACCUCAGGCAAAAGGUCUCAUGUUCAGUCUUUUUGACUGAUGUAGAGUGGUCCACUGUUAAUAAUUUAGUGUUGAGACCUACUAAAUGAAAAAUAGGAGACUCAUAACAUCAGUAUCACUGUUGAUUUUUCCUAGAAAAUACAAAAUCAUUGUAUUUUGAUGUAUGCUUCCAUUCUUUACACACUUAACUGUUCUCUAAUGUAGCCACUGCAUCUGAUAUUUUUUCUUAAUGAGCAAUGUUUUUAUAUCUACAGAACACAGAGUUUGCCCUGCAGGACCUUAUGUUCAUUUUUAGUCUACUCUAUUUGUGUAGUAAAUAAAAAAUGAGUAACAUUGCCAUUAGCCAUUUUAUAUGCAUUACUCCUGACCAUGCUUGUGAGUAAUCUGCUAAAGAAUGUGCACAUUCUCAGUUUGUAGCAAAAUGGGGCCUGUAAUAAUUUCAUUUUUUAAAUUAACCUAAAAUGCAUGGAAAAAGAAGGAACUUUUGUUUAAGCAAGGAUUUUGAUGGGUGUGUAAAUCAACAUGCUGUAGGUUUAGGUCCAGUCUUUGUCAGAUGCAAGCAUGUUGUACUUGACUCUCCUAUUUUAGUAGGUAUAAGAGGUGAAAUACAGGAUGGAUCAUCUCUAGAUUGUCUCCUGGAGUUCUAAAGCUUGUUUGCUUUAAUAAAGGAUCAAUAUUUUGCAUUUUAGAACUUCAGAGUUCACUUUUGGCAAAGGUGUGUGAGGCAAACAUUUCUUGUGUAACUUGAAUGAUUGUUCACUGAGGAGAAUUGUUUUCUUAAUAAAACAUGGCAUCAAAUGUGCACACAAAAAGCUUUGAAAACUUAUCCUUUGGAAAUAGGUGUAUUUUCAGAAAUAGCGUGUAGGUCUUAUAUUUUUUACAGUUAAACACAUUCUUCUGAAGGUAAAUAGUUAUGUAUGUAGUCUGUAUCUUGCUGAAGAGUUUAAUUUUAAGAGAAUGUGAGUAGCAGAGGGUUGAAUAGCUGCAAUAGGAUGUGUAGCUCAUUCAAAGUUCUAAGACCACAGAUGCAGUAGUGAGGAAACAAUAUUUCUUUUAUAGAGUGCUAUGGUACCUUUUAAAACUUCUCUGGGUUGACUUUCUGUGUUGUUUUUCCUCGUUAUGUUUCCCAAUAAGUACAAAUAGACCCCUGAUGGAACCAUGAUAUUUUAUAAACUAUUUAAGUAAGAUAGACUCUUUAGAAACGAAUAUAAUUAUUCAAAUUUACAACUUAAUAUCCAGCCAGUAUGGAAUAUAUAAUUAGGAGAACACUGAAGGUCAGAUUUUAAGUGCUUGUGUUCUAGAUCUAUGAAAAAAAUAUGAAAAUGAUAUUGAGGAUCAAAACAGGUAUUAAACUCUUAAACAUUUACUGUAUCCUUGGAAAUAGAAUGAACUUGGGUAGCAGCUAUUGUCUUGCUCACAUGUAAUUUUCACUAAAAUAAAGAUUUAUAAAAGUGAGCAUUUAAAACUCCUCUUAAGCUUCCUCAGAUCAUGCUAACCUAGUUUUUCUGUACUAGUCUGAAAUGGAUGCUCAAACAGAGGAGAAGGGAUAAUUGAGCAAUCACUGUGGCUUUGGGAAACACUGGUUUUGUCCCUGUUGAAGGUGGGGUGUUUUCCCUUCUAAUUGCCUCAGAAAUGUUAGUGUCUGUCCCUGUUUUAGUCUGAUCAUCUGAGCUCUGUUUGGUUUUUUGUUGCUGUCCACUCCUGUUGAUUUUUUUUCUAUCUGCAGCUUAUAUGCUUUCUACCGCUCAUUAAAAUAGACUAAAAAAUCUGAAUCAUUCUAAAUGAGAUACCUGUUAAUCAGUAAACACUAUUUUCCACGUGUCAGCAUACCAGCUUUUUUCUUUAAAUAGAAAGAUUGUGUUUGUGGUUUGGUAGUGGAAAUAGAGGAGAAGGGGAUUGUAUUUCCUUACAAUUGAAGAUAAUUAGGUUGUUGUAGUUAAGUUAGGUUAUCACAUUAGCUAUUAAAAAGUGCAUCAGUAAAAUGCACAUUGCAUUUUCCUUGUCUCUUCAUUUCUUUAGGUGAUAACAGGGAAAAAAUGUGUGGAAUAGGACUCUAAUUUUAUUUUGAACUUAAUACUCUGAAAUUGAGCAUGGUUACCAGGAGUUCCAAUAUGGGAAGUAGGGAGGUAAUGAGACAAAUUUCUUGUCCUGAAUUUGGAGAUUGCUUUUGUGUGCAUAAAUGUGAACUUCCUUAAGAUAUUUAAGAAUGUUCCAGCUUUGCUAUUGUGGUGUAUCAAGCAUACUGUAAAAUCAGAGAAAUUUGCCCUGUUUUUUUGCAAACUGAGAUGCCUCAGGCAUGUUUGUGCUGCCUGUUUGACAUGUGAAGAAGUCUGAGGCAGCUUCUGUAACAUCUAGGCUGAAGAGGGCAAAGAGGACACCAGGUUCCAGUCUUGGCUUCUUGUGGAAUCUUCUGGGAGAAAUGUUCAGAAUGUCUAUAUAAGAAGCUCAUCAUAACCAGAUUGAAUACUUCCUGUUUAUUAAAGUAACUGGUGUCACAAACAAAUCUGUUGGAACAAAGUCAAAUGUCUAAGAAAUCAUGGAGUAUUAAGGUUUUUAUCCUAAUGAUGUUUCCUGACUGUUACUUCCAUAUGUUGCUCUUUGUACUAUGCCUACAAACUGAAAAGAAAAAACCUUGAUAAUGUACAAAAAUUUGUAGUGUGAGUAAGCCUUACAAGUUCCAUUCUCUCAAACUGAAGCAUGGAAGUUAAUUCCUGCUCAAGGAUACAACAAACUCUGCAUCUCUGUUCCAAUUUUUAACUUCUUUUUUCCUCCCAGUCAGUGAAGAGAGAAGAAUAUUGGUUGUGGGAAAAGGCCUCAUCUGGCUAUGCCUGAAAGAUAGAGCCUAAAAUGUGUUAUUAUUUCAGCUGCUUCUUUUGUCUUUCUUUUCUGUCUCACUUUUUCCCCCAAAGAUUGGCCCAACAUUUGUGAAUUUUAGGGGAGGUGACUCUAUCCCUUUUUAAAGCAAGACACUUGGAAAAGUAGGUAUAAAACUAUUACUUGACAUUCAGGCUGAGCAUGUACCGCCUUGGUUUCAUGGAAGUGCUUUUUUUUUGUGGAGACUUAAAGGAGCUUUGGGAAAGGUAAUUGUACUUUAUUGAUAGACCCUUUACUUUGCUACCAGCUCUCAUUAUCAUACUCCUUGUAUUUUUUAUUUUAUUAUUUUUUAUGGUUGACUCUGUCUCAAAAAAAAAAAUUCUGAUGGUUGAGUGAACACAGCCAAACUUGCAAAACCUCCUUAUACCCAUCCCCAGUAGCUGUAAGGUUUAUUAGCCAGAGUGAUGAAUAAGAAAAUGUGGAUGUUGAGUACACGACUUACCCCCUCCUUGCCCUUUACGUGCAUCUCUAAAGUAGAGGCUAAAACAGUAAACCACACCAAAUGCUGAUCCUUAAUGCAUGUUGGUAAAUCACUUACUAUUGCCAAAUACACUACAGAAAUGCCUUGUUAAUGUUACCUAAAUUAUGUCACUGGUCAAAAAAUAGAAUGAAAUGUAUUCUUGCUUGUGCUGCAGAAUUUAUGGUUCAGCAUAUUGAUUUCCAGCUUGAUGAUCUUACAACAUGCUAAAGUUGGUAAGGAUCUGUGAUAGCACUGGUGCAGUAUUAAUCAAAGGCAAAAACAUUUCUGAUCCAAGAAUUCCAAAGCAUAUUAUGUACUUUGCUAUAUAGAGUUAAAUUUCUCUUCCCAUGCCCAAGUAAAUUGCAAAUUAACACUAAUAAAUCACAUUGCAGCAGUUGGUAAGAAGUGAAAGUAUAUUAAUAAUUAAAUAGUUCUUUUCAGCCACCCCUCCCCCCUUCCUUUUUUAUGUGGUGAUUUUCUAGACUCAAAAUCAGCGUGUCUCAUGCAGGCUAUCUAUAAUAUAUAGUUGUUUCAAAUCAGCUUUACUUACUGAGCUUUUUCUAGUAAUGGAGCUCUGUCAGCAAAAAGCAUAUGCACCAGCAAAUGAUGAACGAUGGACUUGUGUCAAAUGGAAGCUUGAAAGGUGCUUCUGCAGUUAAAUGGAUUAGUCUGCACCAGAAGUUCAAAACUCCUCAAGUGUAAUUGUUUCAGAGAAAAGGUAUCCCUGGAUUGAUAGGGGCAGCUAAGCAAGGAGAGCUGGAGGAAGAGCUGCUUUAUCAGAUGUAAGUGAGGGCUUACUAAUCCACAGCAAGUAGGCUUUGCUGUGACAAGAUUGCUGGCUUGAUGCUUCUGCGAGUUUUCUUCUUCUUUUUAAAUGUGAUAUUUGUAAAGAUUUUAAUUUAUAUCAGUGAAAGACAUAUUUUGGGAUUUUUUUUUCUUACAAAAUUAGCAAGCUUAAUUCCAUUUAUGUGGCCAUGUGCAACAGUGAUUUCAAAAUAACCCGUAACAUUUUUCAUGCACUUGAUAGAAAUGUUGGUUCUUGUUUCAGUAGUAGUGUUAGCUAUAAAACCAACUUAGUGUACUGUAGUUAUUUUGCAGUUACACACCAAGUAAGGUAAAUGCAAAAAACCCUGCAUGUAAAUUUUAAUUUUAUAUAAUUAGUGUUCUAUUUCUGUUGCUCAUUAAAUAUUUCAUUAUUUGUGUUGUUAAUGUGUAAAUGUUGCUCAGAAGAAAAUAUUUGCAGAGGAAGAAAUUUACAUUAGGAAUUAAACAAUUGAAAUAUU